GCCAAGUCUUUCCCUGUCCCCGGGUUUGGCUGGCACUUUAUUCUCAGGUCUCUCUCCUCUGAGGCAAAAAUGAAGCCCAUCGGGAGGACAUUGGUGUGGACUUUGAUGAACAGCGGUCAAGUGUAAUAAGGCACUAUGGAGGGAUAGCACAUAACAGGAAAAAUUUGAAGCCAUAGCUUUGAAGCCUGAGCAAUGGGCCUUCGCAGCCCCAACCCAACUCAGCUUAACUCAGCCUCAUCGAACCUGAUCCCAGACUCUUCACUCCUGGACUUGCUCCAGCUCUCUGAUCCUAGAAUCCUCUUCAAUUCCAGCUAGAAUGCUGUGUCAGGUACUUCGCAGAAUUGGCCAAAAGCUGGUACACAGACGUAUACUGGAAGAAGACGUGAAUGGGUUGGCCCCUGCCAGAAGACUGAGCACUCUGGAUUUAGUGGCACUGGGUGUGGGCUGCACAGUGGGGGUAGGUGUGUAUGUCCUGGCUGGUGAAGUGGUUCGAGAUCAAACAGGACCAUCCAUACUGAUCUGCAUGUUGGUAGCCAGCCUAUCUUCUAUGUUGGCUGGUCUGUGCUAUGCAGAGUUUGGUGUCCGGGUUCCUCAUGCUGGCUCUGCAUAUCUCUACACCUAUAUCACUGUAGGUGAACUCUGGGCUUUCAUCACUGGCUGGAACCUUAUUGUGUUCUUUGCUGCUCAUACAGUUACUGUGGCCCAGGCCUGGACCUUAGCUUUUGACAAUUUGCUCGGAAACCACAUUUCUCAGACCCGGCAUGAGAGUAUUUCACCGAAUGUUCCCCAAGUCCUUGGAGAAAUUUUAGGCUUCAUUGUUGUGGGCCUUGUGUUGUUGCUCAUGGAAUUGCUGACUCUGAGGAAUAGGUGGAUUUUCCUACUUUCCAAAGUGGUCACAUUAGUGAAACUUUUGGUUCUCAGUUUUGUCAUCAUCUCUGGCUUCAUGAAGGGGGACCUACACAACUGGAAGCUCACAGAAGAGGACUACAAAAAGGCCGGACUCAAUGACACCUCGAGCUUGGGCCCUCUGGGCUCCGGAGGAUUCGUGCCAUUUGGCUUCCAGGGGAUUCUCUGUGGAUCACCUACCUGUUUCUAUGCAUUUAUAGGUUUCAGCAUUAUUAUUUCCAGAGUUGAAGAAGCCCAGAAUCCUGAGCGUUCCAUCCCCAUGGGCAUUGUGAUUUCGCUGCUCAUCUGCAUUUUGGUGUAUUUUGGUGUCUCUGCAUCACUUACACUUAUGGUGCCUUACUACCAGCUCCGACCUGGGAGCACCUUGCCUGAGGCAUUUCUCCAUAUUGGCUGGGCCCCUGCUUACUAUGCUGUAACUUUUGCAUUCCUCUGUAGUCUUUCUGUCAGCCUCUUUGGCUUUAUGCUUCCCAUACGUAAUCUGAUAUACAUGAUGGCACAGGAUGGCCUCCUCUUUCCUGUACUUGCCAGCAUCCAAACUGGCACAUACACCCCCAAUGUGGCCACUGUGAUCUUUGGCAUUAUUGCAGCAAUCAUGGCAUUCUUCUUUGAACUCACUGAUUUUCUGGACCUCAUGUCAGUUGGGGCUCUACUAGCUUACUCCCUGGUGGCUCUUUGUGUUCUUAUCCUCAGAUAUCAGCCUGAGAUGAGGUAUGAGAGAAAUGGAGUGCAGGUGCAGGAUGAGAAUGAACCUGCAGCAGAGAAGCUGACUCUACGGGGACUGUUUUUUCCAGGCAGCCCCACCCCUACUCCACUGUCUGGCCAGGUUGUCUCUGUUUGCUCCUCACUGCUUGCUCUACUUCUGACUCUGCUCUGCCUGGUGCUGGCCUCGUGGCCAGGUCUGCUUUCUGGAGACCCAUGGUGGAUCACAGUGGUUGUGCUGCUCCUGGUGUUCAUCACUGGGAUCACUGGAGUCAUCUGGAGACAACCACAGAGCUCCUCUCCCCUUCACUUUAAGGUACCUGGUCUGCCUCUCCUCCCACUCCUGAGCAUCUUUCUGAAUGUUUGUCUUAUGAUGCAGGUGACAGCUGUCACCUGGGCCCUACUUGGUAUUUGGAUGCUGAUUGGAUUUGCUAUCUACUUCAGCUAUGGGAUCCAGCACAGCCUGGUCCCUUAACCCCACUUCGCUUAGGGCCCAAACUGUAGACCUUGAACUCAGCAGUGCCAGUACAUAUGUGGUUUGAUAUUAUCAUACCUGAAUGCUGUCUGGUCCCCCUGCACAGUAAUGGAGAGUACUUUUGAGCAUAUGAAAAGCCAGGCCUCCCAUGGGUAGUUGGUAGAAGAACACUAAUACAGCUCUGUAUUUAUUGUGAAAUGAAGGAUGUGUUUAUAUUCUUUCUCCUUUUUUUUUGAUAUACUUUUCAAUUGUGCCUGUACUGCAUAUUGGAUUUUAUAAGGUUAUUAUUAAAAGAAACUUGACAAAAUAUUUUUGUUUUCUUUGGGUUCAUAUUCAGUAGUGGAAAUACUGCAUAAUAUGGUAGUUUUAUUUUUAAUUUUCUGAAGAACUUCCAGAAUGAUCUCCAUAAUGGCAGCAACAAUUUACAUUCACGCUGACAGUUCAUAAGGGCUCCUUUUUCUCCACAUCCUUGCCAACACUUGCUAUUUCUUGCCUUUUUAAUUUUACCUAUUCUGUGUAAAGUGAUACCUCAGUAUAGUUCUAGUAUCCAUUCCCCAGUGAUUAGUGAUGCUGAGCAUUUUCCAUGUGCCUGUUAUCCAUCUGGUAUGUCUUCUUUGGAAAAUGUUUAUUCAGGCCCUCUGUCCAUUUUCUAUUGGAUUAGUUGUCGUUUUUUGGUGUUGAUCUGUAUAAGUUCUUGGAUGUUAACAUGUUAUUGGAUAUAUCAUGUGUCCUGUGGGUAAGUUGAUUCUGGAUAAAAAGAGAAACCCAACAAAAAAGUGAACAUGGCUGAGCUGGGCACGUUCAGUGCUCUCUUCAAUUCACUAAUCAAAGUCACAGUAAUAGAAGGGGUAGAGAGAAGCCAGGAAUAGUACUCUGUUCAGUGAUGCCUAAACUUCAGCAAGUGUCACCUUACCUGGAGGGUUUGUGAAAACAAAAGACUGCUGUGACUAAUCCCCAGGCUUGGGAAUUCAGUAGGUCUGGGAGAGACCUAGAACUUGUCCUAACAAGUUCCCAGGUAAUGCUGAUGCUCCUGGUCCAGGGACCACAUUUUGAAAACCAAAGCUAUAGCUGAAGACCUUCCACAUGUAAAGAUGAAGGGAGGGAAACAAUGGUAUACUUUGAACAUUUACCAUCAUUUAAUUAAACAUUUAGAUUAAAAUAUGAUUGUUAAUCCUUUCACAGUGGGGAAAUCAGUGAAUCAUUUUACAAUGUAUAUGUAUACCAAAUCACCACAAUGUACUCAUAAAAUAUCUUAAAAUUUUAUGUCAAUUAUACCACAAUAAAGCUGAAAUUUUAAAAAUGAAA